AUGGACGGUAAAUGCACAUUUGGUACGCGGCCAGCAGUUGAUAUUCAUAUGCUCAAUGCUCAAAUUUUUCGCGAAGUGAAACAUUUUAGAAAUUACAAAAUAUACAGACCUAAUUUUGGAGUUCUCCCGGUGGCAACUAAAUUUUACGCACGCCAUGAUCAGAUUAAAGGCGAAUCUGACCAGGAUAAGAAGAAAAUUGACAAUUACGAGAUGAACGUGGCUCAAACUAGGGCCAAGGGGCCCCAUAACAAGUUCCCUGCACCAGCUACAGAAAACAUGGUUUAUGGUUGGUACCACACACCGAUUGUAGAAAUAGAUCGCAAUGACAAGCGAUUCUACUGUCCAAAGAAAGAAAGUUCGCAUACCAAGGUUGAAGUGAUCAUCCUCAUGUCAAACCCGAGGGCAAAGAAGUAG